CUGCCAUGUUGGCACUUGGCACUCAAGUCAACAUUUCCCACUAUAUAUAUUAUCGUGGACGUGUAGUUUGUCCUAAACUUUCUAUUUUUCAAAUUAUCAGAUGUCCAGUGUAGUAGAAGUCCCACAGUUUAACAGGACAGAUUCGGCACGUUUUGGGACGAAAUCAAAGAACUCGAUUGGCCAAAGAAUAAUAAACAAAGACAAAAUGUUAGCAAGAUCAGCGAGGAUGUUAAAUUCGGGAAUGGCCAAACAUUCAAAGGCAUUCCAAACCUCAUCCUUAGCAAGAAAAGGAAACAUGUUUGCAAAACAGAUUGAGCUUCCCCACCUCCCUGUACCUGUACUACAACAAAGCUUAUCAAAGUACCAACAAGCUGUAAGAUGUUUGGUUGAAGAUAAUGACUUCAAUAAAACAAAAAGAAUUGUAGAAGAUUUUGGGAAAGAAGGUGGGAUUGGUGAGAUGUUGCAAGAAAGAUUGAUUGAAAGGUCACGAGUUGAAGUAAACUGGAUUGCUAAAUGGUGGGAUAAUAGUGCAUACUUUGACUUUCGUAUGCCAGUUGUAGUUCACUCAAGUCCUGGCAUAGCUUUUCCAAAGCAGACAUUCACAGAUGACCUUGAUCAGCUUAGAUAUGCAGCAAGAGCAAUACGAUGCACAAUGAAUUUCAAGAGCCUAGUUGAUAGUGAGUCAGUGCCUGUGGACAUGUUGGGACCACAUCCUAUGUGUAUGAUGCAGUAUAAUAAUAUUUUAUCAACAUGUCGUGUACCACAUACUCAACGGGACACUAGAGUCAAAGCUGGUCGUGGAGAGGAUCAUCAUAUCAUUGUCAUGCAUAAUAAUAAUUUCUAUGUGAUGGAUGUUUAUCGCAAUGGUCAACCUAUGCCAGAAUCAGAACUUCUUAGUCAACUAGUGGAGAUAAGAAAUUCCUCUCAGGUCAGAGAGUUUCCAGUUGGUAUCCUUACCUCUGAUGGUAGGACCCAGUGGGCCAAUGCCCGACAAAGAUUAUUAAAAGAUUCUCAAAACAAGUCAAACUUAGAAAAGAUUGAGAAAUCACUUUUUUGUCUAUGCUUGGACGAGUCGCCUCUCGAACACCCGAGUGACCAACAGGAGUCCCUUGGGGACCCUAAUUACACUGUGACUUCACGCGAGAUGCUCCAUGGAGGUGGAACAAAAUCAAACAGUGGAAAUAGAUGGUUUGAUAAAGUUUUUCAGUUAGUCGUGGGUACGGAUGGACACGUAGGGGUAUGUUAUGAACAUUCUGCUGCUGAAGGUCCCCCCAUUGUUGCUCUUUCCAAUCAUAUCCUUGGACAUGCAGGAAACUUCCGUGAUAUCCAGCCAAGUCCAGCGGGUAAUUUAGAAGCUCCUGUGAAGUUAGAAUGGAACAUGCAUCCUGAUAACAUUGAGGAUAUUAAUAUAGCAAUUGAGCGUCUGGACAGUUUGGUAGACGAUGUUCAACUCAAGUCCUUCAUAUACCGAGGUUAUGGUAAAGAAAUGGCGAAGAAAAAUAAGAUGAGCCCAGAUGCGUUUAUUCAACUCAUCAUGCACUUAGCUUACUACAGACUUCAUCGACAAAUUCCACCAACUUAUGAAAGUGCUGCAACGCGAAAAUUUCAACUAGGUCGAACAGACACGAUCCGAACUGCGUCAAUGACAUCUAAAGCCUUUGUGGAAGCAAUGGUGGCUUCUGAAAAGUCGAAGGCGGAGUUGGUGCAUUUAUUCCGUACUGCUGUUCAGGCUCACACAAAGUACACAAAGGAGGCAUGUAAUGGUGAGGCAUUUGAUCGUCAUUUCUUUGGUUUAAAAAUGAUAGCGGUUGAGUCCGGAAUGGAUCUUCCAGAGUUCUUUAUGGACAAAACCUUCAAACAUGCUUUGCAUUUUAACAUGUCAACUAGUCAGAUUGGUUCAAAGUAUGACAUAGUCGCCUGCUUUGGGCCAGUCGUUCCAGAUGGCUAUGGAAUUUGUUAUAAUCCCCAGAGUAACUGUGUGCGAUACACAGUAACUGCAUUCAACAGCAACGCACAGACCGACUCAGUGAAAAUGGGAGAAGCUGUUCAACGAAGUUUUGACGAAAUUGGAACUCUUCUGACCUCAGCACAUCUUUGAUUCGUCACGAGUAUACAAUAAUUAGGUACAGCAGGAAAUUUGAGGAAUCGUAGAAAAAAUCAUUGUUUUCAAGCAAUAGGUAAAUCUUAAUUGGUUAGUUACAGCAGAUUUAAGCAUGGACUGAUGUCUAAAAACGACGAAAUAUAUGUCCUUUGUUGCUGCCAUGCUUAGCUGCUGUUAUAAGAUGAGGCGAAACUGUAUAGAAUUGCUAGGUUAUGAUGUCUGUUUUCCUGGCAUACUAUAAAAUAAUAUACUAAUUACUUAUACUAGUUUAUAUUUAUUUGUAAAAUAGUAAAGUUCAGUUACAA